AUGGAUUGUAUCAGUAAAAGAUUACGUCUGAAUCACCACCGCGAUGAUAUUCUAGACAAUAAAGAAGAUAUAGUCUUGAUUUGGUUUGUCGAAAGCAUGAACGAUGAAAAGUACUUUAAACGAGCAACAGAUCGACUUCGUGAAUGCAACAAUAGUGUUCUAUUAUAUACCGAAUAUGAGCUCUGUAUGGAUUACAUUCGAUCAGUCGUUACCGAGAAAAUCAUCUUAAUUCUAUCUGAUAAAGUAAUUGAAACGAUAAUAUUGGAUAUUCAACCAUUAGACAGAGUUGAUUCAAUAUUCAUUUUUUCUACGGACAAGAUCCAGUAUAACAUAAGUUUAAAAAAUUGUACGAAAAUUGUUGGUAAUUAUAUUGAUAUAAAUUCAUUGGCAACAGCUAUUGAAACACGUUCUCAUCGUAUUUUGAAACAAGAAUCGGGAAUUAUUUUCUCCGACAAUACUCAUCAAAAUGCAGUACGUAAUCCGGAUCAAAAUCCUGGUUCAUUUUUACUGUUUCAUCUACUCGUCCAUACCUUAAAGCAGUUACCACAAACAUCUGACGCCAAACAACAAAUGAUCGAAAAAGCGCGUGAAUGUUAUGCGGAUAAUGUAACUGUACAGAGAAAAAUAGAUGAGUUCGAAAAAAAUUAUAAAUCAUCUGAUGCAAUUCAAUGGUAUACAAGACCCACAUUUGUUCAUAGAUUAUUAAAUAAAGCUUUAAGAACUGUGGACGUAUUUAUGUUGUAUCUGUUUCGCUUUUAUAUUAUUGAUUUACACAAACAACUCGAAUAUGAAAGCAAAAACAAUCUAUCACCAUCUUCAUCAUUAAAAAUAUCCGGUGUAAAAUUGUACCGUGGAACGAUUUUAAAUGAAAAAGAAAUAGAAAACGUUCUGGCGAAUAUUGGAAACUAUAUUUCACCGAACGGAUAUUUUUCAACAUCACGAAGUCGUAAAGUCGCAUUGAUAUUUUCUGGUGGUGAUCCAAUAAAGAGUGUUUUAUUUGAAAUAAGCAUUAGUCAAGCGAUUACAACCACCGAUUCGAUAAUAACGUAUGCAGCAAUUGAUCAUCUGAGUUGUUUUCCCGACGAAGAAGAAGUGAUAUUCAGUCUUGGUACGAUAUUUAAAAUAACCGACGCGUUUCGUGAUCUCGAAUCUGGUAUAUUGAAUAUUCAAAUGAUCGCAACUGAUGAGAAAUUUCAAUAUAUUCAAACACAUAUUAAUCUCAAACAGAAAGAACUGAAUGAAACAACUCCAUUAACAUUAUUUGGAGAAUUAUUCAUUGAUGUGGGACAAUACUCGAAAGCAGAAAUAUAUUAUAAAAAUGUUCUUCAAAAUUUGUCCGAAGAACAACGUGACAAACCAUUAAUAUACCAUGGUUUAGGAUAUGUAUAUUAUAAACAAGAACGAUAUGAUGAAGCAUUGGAAUAUGGUUAUAAAGCGCAUAAAAUACUCAAAACACAAGAAUCAAGAGAUUAUUUUAACAUAGCUCAAUCAUUAAUUAAUCUUGGAUGGGAUCACGCUGGAAAGAAAGAAUUUAAGCGCGCCAAUGAGCUAUUUCGAAGAGCUUUGAAAAGAUGGAAAAGUCUUUAUGGCGAGCAAGAUGAUCUUAACGUUGCUAUUGCACUUGUCUCCAUAGGUGAUAUCAGUACUGAACUAGGUGAGUACGAAAACGCUGAGCAUUGUUUAAUACAAGGACUAAAAAUGCUCGAUCGUUUAUUCCUACACGAUCAUAUUGAAAAAACAAAAGCACUAAUGAAAAUUGGUAAUCUAUAUGAGAAACAGUCUCGUUUUAUCGAUGCUAUGGAAUAUUAUCGACGUGGUUAUAAUUCAGCGAAGAAAAUUAUGCCAAUUGAACAUCCACGUUUUAUCGAGUAUUGUGGAAAUAUUAUAAAACUUUACCGAAAAAUGAACGAUAUUGAUGGAGCUUCACAGUUUUAUGGUGAAUGUCUUAACCUUUUAGAAAAAGAACUGAACACAAUUCAUCCAAAUAUUGUUCAAAUUCAUCUGAUAAUGGCAGACGCAAUCAAUGAACGUUGA